AUGGCCUCUCCCGCCCAAAACGUCACCCUUGUCGGCGCCGCCGGCAGCGUCGGCACCGUCGCCCUUGAGAAGCUCGCCGCCUCUCGCCACAACCUCCAAGUUCUGCGCCGCGCCGGCUCCAAGUCCGCCGUUCCCGCCGGUGUCAAGGUCGUCGACGUCGACUUCUCCUCCCCCUCCGCCCUGACCAGCGCCCUCAAGGGCCAGGACGUCGUCAUCUCCACGCUGCCCGCCGAGGUGGCCUCCCUGCAGACCACCCUCAUCGACGCCGCCAUCGCCGCCGGCGUGCGCCGCUUCCUCCCUAGCGAGUUCGGCUGCGACAUCGAGAACCCGCUCGCCCGUCAGAUCCCCGUCUUUGGCGAAAAGGUCAAGGUGGAGGAGCACCUGAAGGAGAAGGCGGCCGCGGGCCUCAUCUCGUACACCUUCGUCUACAACGGGCCGUUCCUCGACUGGGGCAUCCAGAAGCAGUUCGUGCUCAACGUCGCGGGCUACAAGCCGACGCUGCUGGACGACGGUAAGGCCGUGUUCAGCUCGACCAACCUGGAGACGGUGGGCCGCGCGCUGGCGGCCAUCCCGGAUCACCUGGAGGAGACCAAGAACCGCGCCGUGUUCCUCGAGGAUAUCAAGAUCUCGCAGGCGCGCCUGCUGGAGCUGGCGAAGCAGGCCGCCCCGGAGAAGCCCUGGGAGGUCAGCUACGCCAAGAUCGACGACCUCGUCAAGGUCGCCGGCGAGGGCCUGGCUAAGGGCGUCUUCACAUUUGACAACAUUGCCCCGUUCAUCCACAAGUCGUUCAUUGCUGAAGGCUACGGCGGCAACUUUGCCAAGUCGGACAAUGAGCUCCUCGGCCUCGGCCACAGCUCGGAGGAGUUUGUUCUGGAGCAGUACAAGAAGCUUCUUCAGUGA